AUGUUGUUGUCAGGCCUGCGUGGUGUAAAGUGGUCAGUCUCCGGAUUUAUUCCGGUCCGAACGCGACUGUUAGAGACAGGAAAAGAGGGAAGCCAGAGAAGACAACAGUCUGGUUCCUCCCCUCGUACGAUCGACCAUCGAGUCUUGAGUGAAAAUGUUCCCGAAAAGCUCAAGACUCAAGACCACCAGCUCUGUUCCAGACGGAAUCUGAAACAGCUUCCGAAAAUGGUUAGAUACAUUGCGCUGCAUGCCGAAUUUGCUGAUCACGGAAGCGCGCGAGCCGGAAGCGCAAUCGAAGAAGUCGGAGAAAAAGGGGCCUGUCCAGUCAAUUCGUACUAUUCAACUCCGUUAAAGGUUGAGGAGCGAAAGGGUAGCUUGUGUCUUAAGAGCAAUCAUAUGCAAUAUGGACCAAGAACAUUGAACUACGAGUGGCACUCCGACCGAGAAGCUGAGCCAAAGGACUACGAUGUCACUGCCGUCAGCGAUCGAGAUCGAAACCAGCAUCUGGCCACUUACAAAAACAUCGGCUUCGACAAGCCAGUCAUUCCAAUUUCCACGACCAAGGACGGCCUCGAGCAGCCGUUCAAGCAGAGGCGUUUCUACGAGCCUGUUUCUAAGACAACGGGAAUGGUCGAUUCAACUGGAUACCGCCUCUUGACGAAAAACUACUUGCGAAGCGGAAGCGACUGCGUUUCGACGAAUCUGGACCACAACUGCGUGCGCUGGCAAGAAGUGCAAGCUCGCCACCACAAGCUCAAGACUCAACACUACGAGACGACGAACAAGGCGGACUACACCGUUCCCCAUCCGGAGAAAAUGGAAGGCGACCGAACCAUCCCCCACCCUGCGACGCCGUCAAUCAACACCUUCGGCAGGAAGCUGACGGAUCGUGUUGCUUGCGACGCUCACCGACGCAAGGGCUCAUUCAAAUGGCUUGAUACUUACGAACCCAAAUAA